GACGGAUCCGGCUCGCUUUCUCCGGUCUCUUUCAUUGGCGAUAAGGAGAGAGGGGCACAGCGAUGCACGCGGUGGCAGCGCCGCGGCCGGCGCUCGUUGCCCUUCCGCCUCGACCGGCGGCGGUGAUUCGUUCCCUCGAGCAGAUGCGGUGGAGGUCACUGUCCAUGCUCCUCCUACCCACGAGGAGAGCGAAGAGGGGUAUGGCAGUGCGCAUGGCACCCGAAGAGGAGAAGAUGACCCGCCGCUCUCCGCUCGAUUUCCCCAUCGAGUGGGAAAGACCGAAGCCUGGACGAAGGCCUGAUAUAUUUCCGAAAUUUAGCCCGAUGAAAACACCGCUGCCCACUCCAUUGCCGACAGACCCUCCUGAAGAAGACGAGGAAGAGAAUGAAGAAGAAGAAAAAGAAGAGGAUCCCGACAAGGAAGAGCCCGAGGAACCAGAGGUAAGUACUUAGAUGUAAAAGAACCAUUCACGUGAAGGAGUUACUUAGUGUUAUAUUAGAUUCCGAUAUUUUGCAACAUAAGUAGCCUUUAACUUGUUUCCUCUUCUGAGAGUAUGUUAUAUCGCUAGAUCUUUUCUCAAAAUAAAAUGUCAUAUUAGCGGAUUGCAUUUUGUCAUA